AAGACGGGCCCGAAAGAGUCAACAUGCUUGCUGGAGGUGGCUCUCGAAUAUGCGUUCAACGGUACCUUAGACAAAUUAACAGUUUCUGGCGAUGUUUGGCAUCAGUGUCUUCAAAGACUGAUGUCGAGUCACUCGAAUGUGCCAAACCACUGUACCUGAAUGGCCGGUAUGUCAGUCCUUGGAGGGCGUGGCAAGUGCCCUCAUUUAGUAGUUUGACAAAGGUCUUGCAAGAGAAGGAUCACAGCUCUAUACCCAGCCCACAGGAAUUGGACAGAACACUGCCAGUGCUAAAACCUAAUCCAGCAUCCCUGGCUGACCCACCGGCCACUGGUAUCCAGGCAACAUGGCUCGGACAUGCCAGUCUCCUAAUUCAAAUGAACGGCAUUAACAUAUUAACUGACCCUGUAUUUGGAGACACAACCUUUCCUAUCCCAAGCCUGUCACCAAACAGCUUUAAACGGUACCGUCCUGUUGCCAUGACAAUUGAGGACCUUCCUCAUAUAGAUGCUGUGUUGAUCAGCCAUAACCAUUAUGACCACCUUGACUCUUGGUCAGUCGCUCGGUUAAAUCGCAGGUUUGGCCGGAGCCUGCGAUGGCUGACCCCAAUGGGACUUAAGAAAUGGUUUCAUCGAUGUGGCUGCAACAAUGUCAGGGAAUUUAUCUGGUGGGAGGAAGAGUUGUCGCCCCUGGGAGACGGCACAACCUUCACAUUUGUCCCCUCACAGCACUGGUGUAAGAGAGGCAUUGAUGAUACCAAUAAAGUAUUGUGGGGUGGAUGGGUAGUAAGAAAGGGAGACAGCAGUUUUUACUUUGUCGGAGAUACCGCCUAUUGUGAGGUCUUCUCUCAAAUUGGUCAUCUUUAUGGUCCCUUUACCUUGGCAGCCAUUCCUAUAGGGGCCUAUGAACCAAGGUGGUUUAUGAAGAUGAGCCACAUUAAUCCAGAAGAGGCCGUCCAGAUACACAAGAUGAUACGGUCUGAAAACUCUGUAGGAAUUCAUUGGGGUACCUUCAAACUGACCACCGAGUUCUAUCUGGAGCCAAGAACCAAAUUAAAAGAAGAGUUGGAGAGAAACACCAUUCCUCUACAGGAGUUUAUUACUAUGUCACAUGGAGAAACGAGACAUUUCACCAGUAAUGAUUCCUGACCAAGUAGUCAACCUAAAAAACUACCUUCUACCACAGUACCAAUACCAAUUGACUCAUUCACCCCAGGAGACACAUUUGAAUUCUUCCAAUUCAAAAGUUGGUAUAGUUCAUUAUGAAAUUUCAGGGGUGAAUGAGAAGGUAGCGAUUACAAGACAGAUCCAACUAAUAUAUAUAUAUAUAGGACAAGUUGUUGUUUAGGUGACAAGUCCAAGAAAGAAGAAGCUACCAAACCAUGGCAACAUCCUAUGUCUGUAGCAUUAUAUACAACGAGCCAGGUUUUGGUGGUAGAUGAAAGAGAAAGACACUGAGCUGUGGCCAGUGCCUGGCAACAGCCCCAGCUAGGCCUCAAAGCCGCGUCCCAGUGGUGGAGGGCUAGUGAUUGUAGACAGUCAGACGCCUAUAGGGCCCUUAUACAUAGGGGACCACAGCUCUACCUAACAAAGGUAGCGUCCCAUGUCUGUAGUAUUAUAUAAAGGCAGCGUCCCAUGUCUGUAGUAUUAUAUAGAGAGAAACUACAGCUCUACCUAACAAAGGCAGUGUCCCAUGUCUGUAGUAUUAUACAA